CAAUGUGUCUCCUUGGAUUCAAUUAUUCAUUCUCUUUCUUCGGCUCCUCUCAAACCCAGUUGCCCUAAGCGCUGCCCUCCAAAAAAUACUUCACUAUGAUUGCUUUCGCGCCCUUUCGACCCCGUGUCCCGACCCUCCGCUCACUCCAAAGAAUUCCAAUCACCCAAACCACCAACUUUUCUUUAACCUCACCAAUCAGUCAAAAACGGAUGACGCAGGACCCCAGAAGAAGCAAGGCUCAGCAAGAUGAGGCCUCGGGACCCAAUCCCUCCUACCCAGCCUUUAGUCUCGAGUCUCUGGGUCUUAGCAAAAGAACCAGGAUAGUCGUACUUGUAGUUCUGAGCAUAUUUGGUACUAUUGAGACUUGGUUCUGGUGUAAAGCCAUCUGGCAGUGGAGAAAGGGCCACCGGGAGGGCGAGAAAUGACAGGUUUUAGAUUAUGGUUCAUGAGAUAUUGGACCAGGCUUUUCUCUUGCUUGUACUGGCCAUACAUCUAGACCUAAGACUUGGC